AUGUGGGACGGGCUGCACCUCGUGGACGGCCGCGGGUGCGUGGAGGAGGCUAACGAGCUCGUCCAGGGGUACAACGCCAGGGUGGAGGCGCAGCUGGACGCGCUCCGGCCGGAGCUGCCCGGCGCCGACAUCGUCUUCUGCGACGUCUACAAGGGGGUCAUGGAGAUGAUCACCAAUCCGUCGGCUAUAGGCAAGAAGAGUCCAUAUGCUAAUACAAACGGAUUCCGGAUGAAGUCCAAUUACUAUACGGGUCAUGUUAUGAAGGCAAGGCAUAAUGGCUCUUGCUUGCAUGAGCGUGGAUUGCAUGCAACAUGA